GUGCGUUUUAUUUUGAACGCGCCACUGGCGGUUAAAUCGACAACUCUCGUUUCCCCUCAGGAUUAACAUAAACGGUAAUGCUCAGAAAAGCGUGUAUGAUCCGCAAAGAUCGCAGAUCUGAAUCUGAAAACAUGUCAUCUGCCGGCGGCUCGUCGAAUCCAAGAUCAGAAAGAGUUCCGCUCAGAGAUGUAACGUUUCAGAACAAACUGCUGAAUUUGCAGGACAGUCCUAAAAUACAGGUUGAAGUCGUCUCUGGGGAAAGCCCGUUUGCAGCGGAUGAAACCGACCAACAUCAGGAUGUCGUAUUAAAGUCCUUCGUGUGUCUUGAAGCAGAAGUCGUCGUUCAGGAUGAAGCUGUAAUGUCGGAGGAGUCUGUUCUCAUCAGGCGGCUGGCACUGGAAGAAACCGACGCGGCUCAGAGUGACCCGGAUGAGCAGAGUCCUGUUGAUCAUCACAGCAGCCCGUGUAGUGCUUCAUCUGCUCUGUGUCUGGGGCAAGAGGAAAACAUCUCACUCGGAUCCCUCGUGUGCUUGGCUGGAGAGGUUCAGGUUUCUGGGCGCUCCGCCGUCUCUGAUGAAUCCCUUCUCAUGAAGGCAUCAGGAGCCCAACAUACUCCUGUUUGUAAAGUGGCUGUAUCAGUAAGCGGUCAUUCUUACUGUGUCCGUGCAUCUUUAUGUGAAGAGCCUGAGAACACAGUGAACCUAAACGAUAACAAUCAAGCUGAUCUCUCUGAAGGACGGCGUGGAGUAUCUCGCGGGGAAGGAGAGAUCACAUUUAAAGGCUUGUGUUGCUCUGGGGGUGAAAUAGAAAUUGCUGCUCAAUCCAGUGUGUCAGAAAUGUCUGCGCUUAUGGAGAAUCUUACAGAGGAACAAUGCCUGUCUUGUUUAAACGACAUCAGUGGAAAUGAUGCUCAGAGCUUCGCUGCUUUGACGCCUGGAAGCAAGCACGACGAUCACAUUUACUGUCGUGCUGAGGAAAAGUCACGAGUCCUGAAUAUACCCAACGCUGGAAACGAGACUCGGCUUUCCUCGGUGGAGCUUUUGGAGAAGUCUGAGAGCCCAGUUGGUCGCUUGGCGUCGCCUCUUGGAAACAUUGCAGAAAAACAACAUGAAACUGAAGCAUCAAACACCGCUGCUAAUCAGGAGUCAAGCCGACGUGAAAAUAAUAUGGAAAGUUCAGACGCUGUAAGCAGCAGUGAUGUCUCUUCUGUCAUGACUAAAUGCCGUGAGCUGCAGUUUCUGCCAGAAAGCAACGAGGCGGUUUCACAUUUUGAGGAAAACCUUUAUCCUCAAGGUGCCUUUUGUGAAGACGUUGGCCUAGAAACCAGCGUUCUCAAAGAUAAGACACCAGGUUUAAAGGACGAGGAGAUCGAAGUUAUGCGGCUCUGUGAUAGCUCUGCUGAAGCUGUCUCUGUUCACCGAGAUCUUCCCAGUGCGAUUGCUCUGACAGGUUCCUGCACUCCAGAGAUGCCCAGCUUAAACAGGAGUGUGUUGCGUGACCGCACAGUGGAGAACCCAAUGAGCCAUCUGUGGCCGGAGCUCCCGGAGAGUCCCAUGCCGCCUCCGCUGUUGAACUCCACAUCCCUGGCUAAUGAUUUUGGCUGCACACCUGUUCCUCAAGACCCAGCCAAGGACGUGGAACUGAAAAUGGCUUGUGCUGACCAUCAGAAGUUGUCGAACGGCCCUCAGGUUUUAGGCAGCGGGCCCCUACAGGAGCAGCUCAGACAGAUGGCUGAAUUGUUGAUGGUUGCGUCGGGGAAAGUGUAUGCUCGUGCUCCAGCAGCAGUGAAUCAUCACAGUGCUUUAGUGGGCACUUCUCCGGUAGAGAUGCGUAGCGCGUGCGUCUGGAGCACCCCGGUUCAGCAGAUGGAGCGGAGCACUAAUACUUCCACAGCGGUGGAGAUAUUACAGACGGUUGAUGUUUCUGAUGCCUGCACUUCAACGGACUCUCUGCUGUGGAACCUGACUCCUGGAAAUCUGGAGCAUCUGUCUCGAUCGGAGUUGGAGCAGAGAUUGACUUCCACGCUCGUCAUGGUGGAGGUGCUUUCCCAGCAGCUCACUUCUGCACGGGCUCAUAAUCCGAGCAAAGACGCUUCUCCAUCAGACCUCAGAGAGAAACUCAUCCAGACGGACCACACUGAGCUCAGACAGAAUGGGACAUACAGAGAUUUGUAUGGCAUUGCCCUGGAGAGAAUUCAGAGUCUCGAGCACGAUCAGGAGCUUCUUCACUGUUUAUAUGACAGCAUUCAAGCAAUGAGGAUUGGGAUGAAUUCGUUUAAGUCUAGCACAGAGGAUGCCAUCUUCAAGAUGAAACGGAUUGGAAAUACAGUUCAUGUUGAUCAGGAAACUUUAUCUAGACAGGUCAGUCAGAUGAAGUGUCUUUAUGGGAGGUACAAGGAAGCGCUCCGGAGGAUGGAGCAGAAGAUGAAAGACAUGAGACGUCUCAUGGACGAGUCUCUAGAGCAGAAAGACGCGGCCUUCAGCGUAACGCAGCAGUUGAGGGACUCUCAUGCUGCUCAGGUGGCAGAGCUAGAGCACACUGUUGGGUCUCACCAGGAACUGAUGUCAGCCCUUAAACUGGCUUACCCAUCACUGGUUGAACUGAGCAAGUCAUACAUGGAAUCCAUCAGUGCAGCAAAUGAGCAUUUGAGAAGGAAGCACGAAGAUCACGUGAGCUUGUUAGCGGAGCUGAGGAAGGCUCAAGAGCUGAUUCAGAGGAUAAACCCAGUGCUUCACCAGCUCCAUCAGAGGACUGCGACUGCCGUGGAGAUCAGCAAGCAGCAUCAGGCAAUGAGAGACAGAGCCGUGGAAGAGAGAGAUCUGAUGGAAAAUGAACUAGAGCACAUGAGGUCAAGCUUGCGUGAUGCUAGUCAACAGAUUUCAGACUUGAGCACGCAGCAGACCAUCAUGACUUCAGAGAUGUCUGUGCUGAGAGAGCAGCUGAAUCAGGCAGAGGAGGAGCGCUGUCAGCUGCAGAGGAGGAGCACUGAGCUCUCGGUCACGGUCACCUCCACACUGGCCUCCUACACCUUCCUGGAGCAGACCCUCGCCUCCGAGACCAGCAAGUAUGCAUUCUUGCAGGCAGAAAACGACCUGGCACGGGAGCAGAUGGAGGAAAGUGAGCGAUUGCUGCGGUGCCACUUACAGGGCCUGAGAGAGAGAAACUUGGAGUGUGAGGACCUCAAACUAGUGCUGGAACACCUGCGGCUUGAGAAGGACUCUCUUCAGGAGGAGCUGGAUAGCACACGAGACAAAGCGCGCAGCAUGCUGCUGGAACAAGGAGAGCAGAUGGCUCAGGCGUCGAAUGAUCUCAUGCUCCUGAACCACAGAGUUUGCUGUCUCACUGGCAUCUUAAAGGAAUCCCUAGCCUCCAAGGAGUCCGAGAGCUCUGAUAAGACACCGCAGCCUCCUCGACAUCCCUCCAGCUCUUUUGUGGAUUCUGUAAUGCUGGCCAUGAUGAAGACACAGGACCCUGAGACCGAGUCUCCUGAGGGUUCAGAGGUGCAACAAGACUGCAUUGGCAGUGGAACCAGUGCUUUUACCCGAAUACCACCAACUACACACACAGAACUGAAAGAGGAGAGACGGAGCCGUAUGUUGGAUCUGUUGUGUGAUUUUGGUGAGACCAUCUCUGAUCUUCAGCUCACUUUAGACCAGAUGAGAGUCCAGAAAGACUCGGAGCAGCAGACUCUGAAGCAGACCAUAUGUGGCCUGCAGGAGGCGCUGCAGGAGGAGUGUGAGAGACGCAGGCUGGAGGUGUCAGAGCUGAGGCAGACUGUGGAGCGACUGCAGGCGCAGGUGGAGAAGGAGGCUGCGGUCCUGCUGCAGAAAGCUCAGGAUGAAAGAAACUUGAGGAAACUAUGUAAGGAGCUGGAGGAGAACAUGGAGGCGGCACACAAACACAGAGCAGAGAAUAGUGAGUUGCGUCGUGAGGUUGCUGAUUUGCGGCGGCUGGAGCAGCAGGCACAGGUGGAGGCUCAGGUCUUGAGGGAGGAGCUUAACCGAACAGGCGUCCAAUCAGCAGCCAGCACCAAAGCAUUAGAUGAAAGAAUCAAAAUGCUCAGAGAGGUUGAGAAGCUCAAGGCAAAUUUAAUGGAAACCGAGGAAAAUCGUGCCAAGGUCUUGGAGAGGGCAAAACGACAUCAAAGGGUCCAUGCCAUGAACCAGAGUAAACUGAAGCGAGAGCUACAUCUGCUUGAUGAUAUGAUUGAAUCCGUCAGACAGACAUUGUCCUCUGUUCCUGAUCUUGUCACGAGCUGUCCUGAACUACAGAAGCUUGUGGAAUUUAUUGGAUGAGUUGCUGAAAAUUCAGAAAUGUGUAGUUUAGUUUUUAAAUGUUUUCUUGUUUUAUUCUCAAGUGUCUUUCAUUUAAACUAAACAUAAAACCUUCAGGCGUUGUGUCUGGUGAUGCUGUAGGCCAAUCAGUUCCUUUUCUAAGAGUCUUUUUCAUUCAUUUUGUAAGUGAUUAAUUAGUGUAUGGACACACACUGUUUAAUAAAUGUUAUUGUCUUAAUUUAAAGGUCUU